GUUUGGUUCCAUACUCAGUUCCCCGCCCACACAACCACACACCCACAAUCAUAUAAAUUAAGUGGCCUCCACGUAUUCUGCUCUUCCUCUUUUUUGACUCCCGAUUGUACUGAUUCACAGACUUGUAGCCAUCAUCAAACAUUCUCCUUUCUCCAGACAUCCACUAAAACCUGUGACCGUCUCCAGACAUCCACUAAAAAUCUGUGACCGCCUCGAGACAUCAUGGCUUUCCCGAGCCUCGAUGAGAAGAAGGCUCUUGCCCAGGGCAUAUCCGCAUUGUGGGACACCGGUGGAUACGUCGUCUGUCGCUCUACUGAAUGCCUCCAGGAGGCCACUUGCCCCUCGUGGAAGCUUGUCGGCGAGGAGGUCGUCAGGUCCUCAUUGCGCCACACCGUCUCCGCCGUCAGCUCUACUUUGGAUGCAACCCUCUCCGCCGCUGAGAAGGAAGAGGUUGUUCACGCUUGGGUCGCCAUUAUCUCCUUUGGCCUGUUCUGGGUCCUCCUAGUCUUCACGCUAUAUCCCUUGGUCGCCCUUAUCAGGGAGCAUAUCGUGAAGAGGAGCUUGUUGGCACCUACUGAGACUGAAGAGGCUGGUGAGGACACUUCAGGCGUCCAGGGAGAGUACGACGGUGAAGAGGACCAGGUCUACGACUCAGAUCACGACGAAGGUUACUACAGCGAAGGCCUCCAUGAUGACUUCGAACACGAAGACUCCGAGACUGAAUCGUCCAGUGACUACGCACCCGAUAACUCAGAAUUGCGCUCCCUCAUCGGCCCCUCUUGGUUCCCACUCGGCCUCAGUUAUGCCUUUGGAUCCGGCACUUUCUUAGCCACCCUCGCUUGGAGCGAAGCACGCUUCGCCUUACCUACGGUCAUCGAAACCGACGGCCCCAUCAAGGCCAAGGAGAGGAAGAUCGUCGCUCUGGAGGCUGAGCUGAACGCGAAGGUCGACCAGCAUCUUGCUUGCGAAGCUGAGGCCCAAGAUUUGCGCGCCAUAGUCGCAAGGAAGGAAGAAAAGCAUGCCGCAACGGUGGGCCGCAUCACUCCAAAGCGAGAAGAGCAGGGCAAGCACAUGAGAGCUGCGCGAAAGGACCUUGAAGCCAUUCGCAAGCACAUCACAGAAUACGGCGUCAUGUUCCGCCAACUGCGCGACGAGAACGAAGCACUCUUGUCCAAGCUCUCAGACAAGAGCCCGAUGGUCGAAGAGCUCCGCAUGAACAACGACCGUCGACAGUUCGAGGUCGAUGACCUGCGCGUCUCCAACGCCAUCCUGAUAGCCGCGAACGAGCACCUCGAGCAGCACAAUGAGGAGCUUCAGCGGAGGAACGAGGAUAUUGAGAGGGAGAAUGUGAACUGGAAAAACACCAUGCGCGCCCUCCGCGCCCCGGAUUCCGAGACUCAGAGGCUAAAGUCUCAGCUCGCGGAAGCUUCGCACACAAUCUCCAUGCUACGCGCCGAGGUUGCGGAUAGGGAGCAGGAGGUUGGGCGUGUGGAGAAGACCUCGCGCCACAGCGAAACGCGUCUCAGAACUACCAUUGACGACCUCCAGGACUCGGCGUGGAAGAGGGACAUUGAGUGCGCAAAAUACGCGACCGACAUGACGGCCGUCGUCACUUCCCUCCGCAUCAGGAUUGUGGCCUUGGAGACCGACAACACGGAGCUGAGCCACGAACUUGAAUACCUCCGCCACAACGUUGAUGAACAGGCCAAGUUCCCGCGCUGGGAGGAGAGCGAGGAGGCUGUCAAGGCGUUGAAUCUGAGGAUUCAAGGGUUGGAGAGGGGAAAUGAGCGUCUGAACAAGUGCGUGUGCAGGUGGGCUGAGCUGGCCAAGGAGCGCGGGAGGGAGUUGGUCUGGCUCCGCUACGCUGUUGAUGAAGUCGCCAAAUAUCCUCUCUGGGAGAGCGAGGGGUUUGAGAGCAAGGAGUUUGCUGAUGAGGGGUUUGAGGACCUCCAGGGCACCGCUGACUUCGCACUUGAAGAGGGUGGAUAUGAGGGCUCAGAGGCCAUCGAGUUGUUGGAGGAUGAGGAGGAAACCGUGGAGGAUUUCGAGGAGGUGCUGCUCGAUGACUUCAAGGAGAAGUUCGAGCAAGUCUCCCACUUCACCGACUCAGAGGCAAGCGAGAGCGAUACUGAGUCCGGGGGCGGCGAUAUGUGCGGAGACUGGGGACUUGAUUGAGGGCCUGCAGGCUUCGCUUCGCUGUCCCCAAGUGAUUUGCCCUUUUUCCUUUCUUCAUUUAUUUCUCUAUGCAAGAAGCCCCGUAGGAUGGACUUCAACUUUUCUUUUCUUCCUUUGGAGUUCUAAGACCCAAGCACGACAAUGCAU